AUGACAGGUACUCACGGAAUACUAGAGAUGUUAAUCGUUGAUUUGAAAAAAAAGAAGAUUGAUACAUGUGUAAUAUUGGUUGCCUAUAAACUAAUAAGCUUGGGCGUUGAAGAUGGCAUCCUGCAGGCCUACAAUCAGGACUUCGAGUUGCAGUUCUCCCACAGGGUGUCUCUAAUGACCAGAUUCUCGCAAGCCGAUAUGGACGCCUGCACCUUCCUCUACCUCCUCAAAGACGACCACGACAACCUGCUCUAUUGCUACCUGUUCGUCGCCAAAACGCCCUCAGACGUAAGUAAAUAA